GGAGAACCCCACACCUUUUUUCAGUGUCUGUACCAUACGUUGCAAAUUGCAACUCACUGCACCGUGCAAUUGGCACAUCCACCCCACCAAGCGACAGUGCGGACGAACGUGCUGCUUGCUGGCUUGCUUGCUUGUGUCCUUUGUGUCACGUCAGGGAUCACAGCAGGGGUCGAGGCAGCAGGGAUCACAGCGGCAGCAGUGGCAGGAGCGGCAGGAGGGGGAAGAUGGAAGACGCCCCCAACGUGGGUGGUGCGGCUGUUGCAGGGAAGGAAGAUGAUGAUAGGGCCUCCACAGGCGCUGUGGUAAGACCCAAGAUCAAUGACACUGGCACUGCUGCACAGGGCGGAGAAACACCCGCAGUGGCGCAGGUGCAUGACACGGCAGCGAAAGUCCUGACAAGGCUCAAGCAGACCUUACGGCCACGCGUGGACAACGCAAGCACCUUUGAUGCUCGAAGUGGAGCUGAUCUUGCCAUCCAGGCCGCAUCCGCAACAGCCACUGCAACCACUUCAACCACUGCAACCACUGCAACCCUUGCAACCCCUGCAGCCACUGCAGCCACUGCAACCACCGAUGCACAAGACCAGGUGCCGGUGACACUGGAGCUUGGCUCUUACGCCCCCGUGCUGGACUGGUUUCGGGAGGAGCCCGUAAACAGCGAACGGCUCGAGGUUGCACGCCUCGUUCCCGGCACGGUCGUGCGGAUCUUGGUCGUGGACACUGCAGACGACGCAGGCGCCCGAUGCUCUGCAACAGCACGCCUCACAGCAUCCGGACUGUCACACAACUUCAAGGAUGCCGCUGAGGUUGUGGUCCCGUUGGCGCUGCAGUCGCGGCACAAGCUGCGGGUUGGCGACGUGGCGCGCGCAGUCAUUGUCGAUGCGGGGCGGGUUGCAGCUCGCCUUCGCCCCAAAUGGGGUGUGCACACCGCCGUCGCCAGUGUAUUGCACCACCAUGCUCCAUAUGGAUACAUGCUUCCACUGGGCAUCAUUUCGGGGAAGGGCGCGUCCUACCUCUCGUCAUUGCAGUUAUCCAGCGCAUAUCUCAACCCUGAAACGAACGAGGAGUACAUUGCCCAAUUCGGCAACACGGAUGGUGGCAGCCUCCUUUCCAUCAUCCACAGCUUUAAGCCAUCAGAGAGCGACACGUUUCUAGCGCUGCGGAAACAGCAAGACAAAGACCUCUCGAUGCAAUCAGUUGCGCGUGGUGUUCAGUAUCAGAAGGAGGGCAAGUUUGCCGAUGCGAGACGCUGCUACAACCGCGCCAUGGCUCUUGACCCCAAGAACGUCGAGGCAAUGGUCGCGCUCGGCACCCUCUUCACAAAGCAGAACAAGUUUGAGGGUGCUGUGAAGAUGCUUCGAGACGCCCUCUCCCUCAAUCCAGACCACAGCAACGCCACGUUGUACUUGGAGAUCACGCUCAUGCGACAGGCAAGCGACCUCCAGCACAAAGACAAGUUGGUUGAAGCGGCGGAGGUGCUGACGCGAGCGGCGCAGCUGAUGGGACCGCGACGCAGCGAAGCACUCAACCUCAUUCGCUCCAUUCACCGGACGCUUGAGCGACGGGCGGCAGCGACAGAGAGGGCAACAACAGCAGCGCGCGCAACGUUCGGAUCCAUGAAGACAUCGUCCUCGCAGGCGGCAAUCAGGCAGCGCCACGCGUCGUCCUCAUCGUCGCUGUCGUCAACGCUGCACACACGAACGGGCGGCAGCACUGUGUCUGCUCUCAAGUCUCUGCUGAAGGAGAGCACAAGCAGCAGCAGUGGCAGCGGCAGCAGCAGCAGUGACGAUGACAGCAGCAGCGAGAGCGACGACCGAAGACGAAGACGGAGGCGACACAAACACAGACACAAACACCGGCACAACGACAACAGUGGUGACGAUGACGACAACGGCAACCCUGGUGAUGGCGAUGGUGAUGGUGAUGAACGGAGGAGGGAGAAGAGAAGAAAGGCGCGUCAGAAGGAGAGUCGGAAGCGACACAAGAGAGAAAAGAAGAAGAAGAAGAAGAAGAAGAAGAGCAAGCGCCGACACCACAAGAGUAGCAGUGACGGGGGUGACAGCGACGACAGUGCUGGUGGUGGUGAUGGUGACUCAGCGCACGAACUCAGACGCAAGCGAAGCAAGCGAAGCGGUGAUGAUGAUGAUGGUGGUGGUGGUGGUGAUGAUGAUGAUGAAGGCGGAACCAGAGCAGAAAAGGACAAGCGAUCACACCGUCACAAGAAGAAGAAGAAGAAGCACAAGCACAGGCGCAGCCACAGUCGCCAGCCAGAAGAGUAGCCAGCCCUCUUUGUGUGUGUGCGUGUGUGUGUGCGCGUGUGUGUGUGUGUGUUUACAAUAUCAAGCAAGCAUUGUGUAUCUUGUGGGAAGUUGUUUCGGGUCACAUAGGUAUGAAUAUAUUGACAAGCGAG